AUGCCAGUGGUCACCGAGCGACCACGUACACAUCUCGUUCGUGUUCCUGGACAACUCGUUCCAACGACUUCUACAGCACCUCCGGUACCAUCGAAUGACGAUCCAUCCCUUGAGGAUAUUGAACUUAUUGACGUCCUCUGGCGCAGAGAUAUCGCAGCAGAGAAAGGUACCAUUCAACUCGAACCAGCUGAACAAUACGAGCGCGAUCUGCAGCUACUGACCGAGAAGAGUGUGCAUGCGUUCAUUCGUUCAAUCAAAUAA